GGGAACGGGAAAUAGCCGGAGACCCGCUGCUGGCUAGUUCCCUUCUGCCCGCACUGAUGUCCGAGGCCCGCCCGGUGCCAGCGAAAGACAGUCGACCGAGGCAGAGCACACCAGAGCCGCCGCUGGAGUGGAAGGCUUCGGGGAACGGACACCGCUGGAGCCGCUCUCUGUGACUGAGACUCUAUGCAAGGACAUUGCAGCUCAUUCUUAUUACUAUUAAAGUGGAAGUGGCUGUGUCCUGUGAUAGAUCGGUGGACUGUUUUGCCAUCCAGCGAUGGAUUCCCCCACAGAUCUUUUCAGUGACUCUGCUCCUCAGAUACAUGCAUUUGCUCCCAGUCACAGCUCCACAGAUCUCCCUGGAGUUCAUCCUCAGUCCAGUGCAGGCCGCCCUCCUCCUGCCUUUAGACCCCCAGGCUUUCCCCUCAUCCACCACCUGCUCCAGCCAGGUGGAGCCCCCAGGAGGAUUGGAGGGCAACUCAACUCAAACCUGAGCGCACACAGGCACCUGGAAGACAGAAAUUUGGAGGACGUCAGAGGAGAGAGGGAUGGACAGGAGGAGCAAGGGAUGGAAGCAGGAGAUGAAGGUGUGAUAGAGGGAGAGGACGGCUUGUUGGGUGUUAAGAAGCGGCACAGUGACGCCUCCCUCGUGGCCGAGUGGAGUCAAGACGUCUUGAAAGUGAAGAGGAUGAAGCUGGAGAGCCGUCCAAGAGAUGGAGAGGCAGAGGAGGGAAGCAGGAGGCGUGAGGGAGGGAGGGAGGGCAAGAGAAGGGAGAGGGAAGAGCUGAAAGAACAGCUGGAGGAGGCAAGGGAGAGACUGCAGGCCCUGCAGGAGAAAGUAUGGAGGGCCUUUGGGGAAAAGCACAUGGCAGAGGAGGAGAAGAAAAGGAGGCGCAGCAACAGAGGAGGAGGAAAUGGAGGAGAAGGAGAUGUGGGGAUGAUGGAGGAGGAGGACAUUACAGAAGGGAUGUAUAAUGAAGAAGACAUUGAUAGCGGAGAGAUGGAAAAGGAGACUUUCUCCCUUCUCUCUGUUUCCCCUUUUGACAGCUUCCACAAACGGCGAGACGAGAGGAAAAAAGACAGAGAAAGGAGGAUGGAGAGAGGAAGAGGAGAAGGGUUGCACUUGGAGAGUGUGAUGGAGGGAGCAGGGUUGUGGUUGGAUUGUGGAGGGCUGGUGAGAGGAGACUGGCAUGGGGGGAUAGAAGACGAGGGCGAGGAGGGAGGGCAGAAGUUUGCUCAGGCGCUGAAGCUGGAGCUGGGCAGCGCUGUGGCACGAGUCAUCGACCGGGUUCUCCGCCUUUACACCGAAAUGACAGAUUUCGCUCCUUCCUCUCCUCCUGCCGCCAUCUCCUUCCUUCCAUCUGACACCGGAAUUGAUGGAGCGAGGGAGAGGGAAGUGUGGAUGGGACUGCUAACAAGAGGAAGAGGGGAGGAUAAAGCAGGAGGUAAGGAGGAAAAGACGGGGACACAUGAUGGAGAAAGAGAGAAGCAGCUCCAGAAAAUGAGCAACGGGAGCGCCCCGCCUCCAGGACAGCCUCAUCGCACUGAAGCAUCAGAUCUGGCCAUGCCAUUGGCUGUUCAGAGGUCACCUGACGUACGAAAAGCCCACCCACUCCUCGGCCCACCUCUCUCCACUCACCUAAAUCCCUCUCACCCCAACCUCUCCCUUCAUCACCCUCCUCUACCCCGCCCUCCUCCUCUGUCUCAUCCUCCCCUCUUGCCUCCAAACUCCCAACCCAAAGACCCCGCCUCCUCCUUCCACCCAUCCUCAUCCUCCUCAUCUUCCUCCUCAUCCUCCUUCCCCGCGCCUCCCCCUCCUCCACCCCCUCUCCCUCUCCCCCUUCUCCACUACUCCAUGCAGCAGCUCUUCUCCCGCUCUCUGCACCACCCUCAGCUCCCCCACCUCCCCCCGUCCCGCAAGGACUAUUUGAACUCCGACCCUUUCUUGGAGUUCUCAUCUCACCCCUCGUCUCACCCGUCUUUCCCACCGCUCCCCUUGCUGGGUCACCUGGACCCCUCCCUGGCACGCCACGCUCACGGAGGCAGAGAGAGAGGGAUGAGGGGAGACGGGGGUUUGAGAGGAGGGGCAGGGAUGGAUGGAGGAGAGCUCUACCUGACAGCUGGGGGAACCCAGGAGGGCUUGUCUCCCUGCCAUCUGAAGAAAGCCAAGCUCAUGUUCUUCUACACUCGCUAUCCCAGCUCUAACACACUCAAGACUUACUUCCCUGAUGUCAAGUUUAACCGCUGCGUGACCUCCCAGAUGAUUAAAUGGUUCAGUAACUUCAGAGAGUUCUUCUACAUCCAGAUGGAGCGCUUUGCACGACAGGCUGUCCGCGAGGCUCUCACCCGGGAAGGUGCACCUCGUCUGGGCAGAGAGAGUCAGCUGCGAGUGGGCCGUGACACAGAGCUUUACCGCAUACUGAACAUGCACUACAAUAAAAGCAACGUCUACCAGGUCCCUGAGAGGUUUCUGGAGAUCUCGGAGGUGGCUCUGAGGGAGUUUUACUCAGCCAUUUGGACUGGGAGAGACAGCGACCCCUGCUGGAAGAAAGGGAUAUAUAAAAUUAUCUGUAAGCUUGACAGUCCUGUACCAGACGCCUUCAGACUGCCUGGCUGCCCAGUCGGCUGAUGAUCAAACCACCUUUUUCUGGUGCCUGUAUCCAGAUGCACAAUUCCAUGCAUGAAAACUAACCGAAAGUAGGGAUUUGUGUUAAAGCAUUCACAAACAUAGCAAUUCCACACUGUGAGAACUGGUAUUGACUUCAUUCAUAAUUCAUUCAUUUUGGAAAAAAAGGUAAAGAUAAUUUAAGACAGUAAAAGUUUUUUGCUUAAUAUAGUGUGCAGGGAAAGACACAUACAUGCAGACCAAGGGGUCAAUAGUCGACUGACACACUCAGUGCUGUGAUAAGGGUCUUGUGACUGCACUUAUCGAGGAACGUGACCAUAGCAUUGAAUUAAAACGGACAGAUCUGCAAUCACUUUCCAGGCAGCUGGCUUGUGAAAUCACUGUGCUGCUACACAGGUUUGAUAAAACUGUCGUGAAAAAAAGAGUUGCUGCGACAACAGAGCUUGAAUCGACUGCAAUAUGCAUAGUUGCUGUGUGUGUGUUGUGUGACCGUGAGACGGCUGCUGUUUCAGAUGUGUCGUUAAAAUUUGUCCGCAUCAUGCUCUGGCUACACGUCAUUCAUUCGCAUGGAAAUAUAAUAUGCAUUCCCUGGCAGCCUCUUGUAAAUCAUUGCAGCUCACAAAAAAGACACCAUUCUAUGCAUCCCCUCGGUAAACAAAUGUCCCGCUGACGGCUGUUUGCUGAGCAAGGCCAAUGCACAAAUACGUGUUUCAGAUACUUUCAGACAAGAGGGGAGAGUCCACAGCCUGCAACCUACAUACCGAGCUUUUCAGAUUAGGUGCCCCCUCGCUGUGUGAUCUGAAAAUUUAAGCAUCCUGCUAAACAUUUUUUCAAAAAAGAAAACCCAAAUUUUGCAGCGUAAUCAUUAGCAAUCUUACACAAACAGCACCCAAACAUUUCACUGCUGCUCUCCCUCAGGGGUGUUCACAGUUUCACAUCAGAGACCUCUCAAAACAUCACAUAUGAUUGUUGUUUGCUAGAAACGAACUGCUAUUGUUGCCUUGUGCGUGGGCUUCUCUGGAGUAUCAGGCAUUGUUUUUGGUCUGUGUGCCCCAAAGCUUUUACAUUUUAGAUCCAGAUAUUUUUCCACAGCUGUGAGGAUGCUUUUCCUUUUUCUUUUUUUUUUAUGUUUGCUCCCGCAACACAAGCCGAUCAUGUUUGCAUUUGUCUGAAGUCGGUUUUUGUAUCCACAAGAGAAAUCAGGCUUGAAAAUCUUCAAAGAAAACAUGAGGACCAAUUGUAAUUAGUGUAAUGUCACAUACUAUAUUGGAACUGUUUGGUUAAUUGUAAGAUUUAAAAAAAAUAAAGUUGCCCUUGUUUUAGAGAACUAUCAUGUUUUCAAUCAGUGGAUUUCUUUUGCUUGUAUAUCCAUCUCUUUGUUCAAUAUUAAAUUAUUAUACAGCUUUUGUACAUGAUGGCACAAUGUAAUCAAAAUGUAAUUAAAAUUCUGCCAAGAGGGACAGUAUAUUGAAUUUAAAAUAGUAAAAUUAAUGUUUUGUUGUUUCCUUGAUGUACUCCUAUUGUUGAAAUACUUCUGUUUUUGUAUUCCUUUAAUGUGAUGCUGAACAUCAUAUGGACAUUUGUUCCUCAAAGUUAUUACAGAAACAUUCACUCUGUCUACUGUACAUCAUGACUCUUUUAUCUAGAGGGAACUUGGGUUUCUGUUCAUGAAAACGUUGGUUGACUGCUCCAAAUAAAGGCCCCCGCUGGCUUGAUCGCAACCCCGCGAGACCCAGCCCAUACGUAAAGUAUAUGUGACGUGUUUUCAAGUGCAUGUUUCCUAUAUUUGCAUUACAUUUUGUAUCGUAAUCUCUUGUUUCUCUCAUUGCUUUUGUUGGUCUCUCUUUUCUAUUGUAAAUACUGUGCCUCACUCAAACUUUGGUGAUUUUUGAUGUUUAAACUUAU